GAAUGCACAUUGAAGGAGCACGAACGGCACUACUCGURCUGUUUUAGGUUUCGUAGAUGUUUGACUCGACCUGCUUUGUAUUAUACCGACGAUGGACCGCAAACGGAGCAAGGCACAGGCGGAGGCUAUGGCUGCAGACCUCAGUGACAUCACUUCAAUGAAUCUGCUUGGCGUCGCGGAUGUAAAUCAGUGGAUAGAACUUGUGAAAGAUUACUCGGUGGCUGGAGAUCACACACAUGUCCUCUCUGAAUCUGAUGAUMGUGACGGUGAUGACAUGGAUCACCCAGUUAUCACAGAUGAAGUUGAGAUGAUUAUGAUUAGAGUGCGCAACGCGAUGGAACCGGGUUAUGACAAGGAGAUGGACAAAAUCCGUCAAUUUGAUUGCAAAUGCGGAGAGMGGCGAAAGGAAGACUCCGACGAAGGAUCGUGCACAAGAAAGUUGUACCCAGACCGUAUCUACAAAUACAGGCGUAAUAUGGCAUCCUUAACACAGAGGUUGAGAGACAUUGCCAUUCUCGGAGUAUUAAAUACCAUCGCACCUAUACUUACCGUAGGUGCGAAACCCCAGUGUUCCAAGACAGGUGGACAGACUCAACGGAACCCCCUAACACUUCCGUACCUGGUUGGAGGUGUUCCAGUCUGCGAGGAAUCAUUUCUAUUCAUAUAUGGCAUCAGCAGAGAGCGUCUAAUAUUCCUACACAGAUCCUACCAGGAGACCGGUACAAAGCCACCCACCUCACCAACUACCACUGGUCGUCCACAUAAUCCUGUAGCCCCUGCGGCUGCCACUGGUCAUCCACAUAAUCCUGUAGCCCCUGCGGCUGCCACUGACCGGCCACACAAGCCCCGUGAUGCUGCUGCGAAGAAGAAGAAAUAGCAAGUCUUGACCAGGAAACUCAUAUGUAUGUUUUAUAGACCAUGGAGUUUACCAGCUGUGACCCCAUUGCCAAGGACAUUACAUGCACAUGUUCUGCACUUAAGGAAAUAACAGGAUGCAAAAUGCUUUCAGUUAAUGUGCGAUAAUACACCGGACACGUUGACAUGACGCCCUACAGUGCAUUCUGAAAGUAUUCAGACCCCUUGACUUUCCCACAUUGUUACAUU